CCACUCGCAAGAUUAUUCACAGUAUGAUCUUUGAGUCGUAAUGUCUACCAUCAACCAGGAAUUUUUCAGAUACCUGAUAGUAUUGGCUAUGUGUAGCAUGGCCUUUGCUGAUAAUGGUAAUGGGGUGGUUGUGACCGCUAGGUCUAGCGACGACUGCCAAGUAACUCCCGUCAUCCAUGUCCUACAGUACCCAGGAUGUGUACCUAAGCCAAUACCAUCGUUUGCAUGUACAGGUCGCUGCAGCAGCUAUCUACAAGUUUCUGGGUCUAAAAUAUGGCAAAUGGAAAGRUCUUGCAUGUGUUGUCAAGAGAGCGGUGAACGAGAAGCGUCGGUAUCACUGUUUUGCCCAAAAGCCAAACAAGGCGAGAAAAAAUUUAGAAAGGUAACUACAAAAGCUCCACUAGAAUGCAUGUGCCGCCCUUGUACGGGUAUUGAAGAAAGUGCGGUGAUUCCUCAAGAAAUGUCCAACUAUGCCGCCGAUGAGCCACCAAUCAACGGACAUUUUUCUAAAUCUAUUUAAAUUAUUAAUCAAUAAAUAAAUAAAGAAAGUGUUUAUAUUACUUUCAUUUUUAUACAGUUUCCAAAUUCUCUACCUUCACUACCCUCUUCGUAUCUAUAAUUAUUAUAUUAUGUAAUAUUUUAUAUAUAGGCGUAUAAUAAUAUAUAUAAUAUAAUCGUACC